AAAAGGGCUUGGGCAAAGUACUCGACACGUACGCGACACGUACGAUGAAACAUACAGCCAAAUCCUCUCUCUCUUCCGUUCAUUUCCUCGAUCGGUUUGAUUUUUGAUUUGAUCUGAUUAUCAAGACUCCGAACGCCGUCGUAGCAUCCCGCUAACUAGUUGCCGUCACCCGUCAAGAAUCGUCUCUGAUAGACGGCGUCGUCUCCAUCGUCUCCAUCGUCCACUCUGCUUCAGCUUCAGUUUCACAUCACUGCUCUACUGAUCCGGCGUUUCCCCCCUCUCUCUCUCCCCCCUCUUUGAGACUGGUCUUGUUGGGUCUUCGAUUGAAGGCGUUGCCCCAGUGCAGCGAGAAGGGUUUUGGAUUCUUGAUGCGACCCUAGGGUUCCUCAGCGGGUCAUUCCUUGCGAUGGCUAUCCGGGGCGUCGAUUUCAAGUGGUACGACGGCUUCUUCUUGUCCAUGCUCGCGACCAGUGUUAUCAUUGUUGCGAUCAACUGGAAGCGGUAUCAUCUUUGUACAUACCCAUUGCACAUAUGGAUUGUGGUUGAUUACACGACUGUAUUCGUUUUUCGCUUGUUGAUGUUUGUAGAUAAUGGACUCGCUGCUGGAAUGGGAUUGGACUUUGGUUGGCAGCAGAGAUAUGCUCGAUUUUGUGGGAGGAUAGUCGUACUAUCUGUUCUCUCACUGAUAUUAUAUCCAUUUCUUUGGGCUUGGACUAUAAUUGGCACCCUAUGGUUCACAAGUGCAAGAAAUUGUUUACCAGAAGAGGGUCAGAAAUGGGGUUUCCUUAUUUGGUUGCUUUUUAGCUAUUGUGGCCUCCUUUGCAUAGCUUGCAUGUCUGUGGGAAAGUGGUUGAGACGAAGACAAGCACACCUUGUACGAGCUCAACAAGGCAUACCCGUGUCAGAGUAUGGGGUUCUAGUUGAUAUGAUACGGGUGCCAGACUGGGCAUUUGAAGCAGCCGGUCAAGAGAUGAGGGGUAUGGGACCAGAUGCUACUACUUACCACCCUGGUCUUUACUUAACUCCUACACAGAGGGAAGCAGUUGAAGCACUCAUCCAGGAACUCCCGAAGUUCAGGCUUAAAGCUGUUCCAACCGACUGCAGUGAAUGCCCCAUCUGCUUAGAAGAGUUCCAUGUGGGGAAUGAGGUUCGUGGCCUUCCUUGUGCUCACAAUUUUCACGUGGAGUGCAUCGAUGAGUGGCUACGUCUUAACGUGAAAUGUCCUCGGUGCCGCUGCUCUGUGUUCCCGAACCUGGACCUCAGUGCUUUGUCCAACCUUCGCCCUGAAUCGGAACGAUCACCGGCCUCUAUUGUCACAACGAACCGUUACGUGCGGACCCAACAGCCUCCUAGCCAAAGCUAUCUGUUGAGAUUGCAUGGCUUUCUUUGUCCGGUUCGGUCUGAGAAUGCUGGGCUGCCCAACAGGAAUGAUGUUUUCUUGCAGAUCAGUGAGAAUGGACACGUUGCUGCAGCUACAGCUACUCAUGAGCGAGCGAAUGCCUUGGGACCGCUACCUCCUGAUAGGUCUGGGCUCAAUGGACAGUCUAUAUGAGGUGAAGAAGGGUAUGUUGAUGAUUGUUUCUUGUCUCAUAUUAGUUUUACCUUUAAUUUAUGCUAACCCUCUCCCGAGUAAAGACAGGAGACGUUCAUCCAUGUGAUCGUUGUUUGUCCAUCGCGGAUUGCCCAUCUUAUGUGAUAAGUUUACUGAUGAUGUAGGGUAUGGAUUUUGUAACAACAUUGGUUGUAACUCAUUUUCAGAUCAAUGAUAUGCAAGUAUAUGCCUUUACCAAACUGAA